GUGGAACAGUUGUAGCUUUGAGGCCACCAAAAGCUCAGCCAUACAUGGAGAUGGACCCACAAAAUAUUGAAGCAGUGAUUCAUCAAAUACAUGGAGUUCCAGAGGGGGAGAAUAGCGGCCCUUCUUUGAGGUUUCCUCCUGGCUUUAACUUCAACCCGGACGAUGAAGAGCUAAUACGUUUGUAUCUCGACCGCAAGAUCAAGGAAAAUUACGAGCUUUCUGGAGAAGAAAAAUUUUAUUUCUUCACUUCAAGAACACGCAAAUAUCCAAAUGGGAGCCGUCCAGCUCGCGCUGCUGGUGGUGGAUAUUGGAAAGCCACAGGAUCUGAAAAGAAAAUCUACAAUGAUGAUGAUGAGCUAGUGGGAGUGAAAAAAACCUUGGUAUACUAUAGAGGAAAGGCUAAAGAAAAUGAUGGUGUAAAGACUGACUGGAUAAUGCAAGAGUAUAUAAGUGAGAUCACAACUUGCAAGCCUGGUGAUUCAAUGAAGCUUGAUGAUUGGGUCUUAUGCUGCAUUCAUAAGAAAAGAGGUGCUGUAGACAAUCCUCACAAGCUACAGAAUAUUUCUCAAGCUCAAUCAGACAUGCCAACCGAACAAGAUGCAAAGAAUAAUCAAAGCUAUCAGACUUAUAUUGACUCAAAUGGUGGCUAUGGUAAUGCCAUUAUGGUACAACGAUUAGUAGCAGCACCAGAUAUGCAAAUUACUGAAUUUAAUGGUAGUAUGGUCCCAUCAUUAGCAGCAGAACCAAGUGUGCAAAUUACACCAAGCAUGCAAUUAACUGAACUUAAUGAUAUGGUCGCACCAUCAAUAAUAGCACCAAGCGAUCAAAUGAUUGGUUCUAAUGGAAUGCUACAACAAUUUGCAGUAGCAACAAGGAUGCAAAUGACUGAAUUUAAUGGUUUGUUCCAACCAUCAGCAAUAGCACCAAGUGGACAGAUGAUUGAUUUUAAUAGAAGGAUGCCACAAUUAGGAGAAGCCUAUGCUGAGCUAAUGGAUAAUCAUGAUUGCAUGGUACAAAAAUCAGUAAUAUCUCCAACUGAGCCAAUGACUGAUUUCAAUUAUAUGGCACCACGAUUUGCAGCAGCUCCAAUCGAACAAAUGAUGGGCUUCUAUGAUAUGACACAGCUCUCUGAAAUUGCUGAUUUCAAUGCUAUGAGACAACCAUCACCACCAAUGACUGAACAUAAUGGGAUCAUGAGCAUCUGCAAUAAUCAUUCAACCGGGCAAGGUUUCCAACAGAACUUGAGCAAUGCAAUGAUAUCUGGCAAAGAUCAUGUGGAUCAAUUUGGAAUGGCAUAUGGUGAAAGAGAUGAAGUCAUAGAUCCAAUGAAACUGCUUUGUUAUGAGCCAGCAAUUGAAAUAGAUGAUGUUUUAAGUGAUAGUAUUGAACCAAAAGAGUUAGAUGCUGAUGAACAUAGUAGACAUGAUGUUGGUUGUAGGCAUGCUGAAGAUUUUACCAAGCUGGAUCCAUGAUUUGGCUUUGGAUUUUUGAUUUUAGGAUUUUUCUAUAGAAUUGCCUUAUUAUAAUUAUGAAGUGCAAGAACUUGAAUUUUGGGUUUGGCA